AUGAAUUACUCACUGAUAUUUCACAGCUCAAAAAAAAAACCAUGUGGAUCAGAUAUAGAAAGUGUUGAGAUGUUUGAUCAAGCCUUCUUUAUCGGGACUGACCUUUUUUGGUACAAAUUACAUGUAAACACAAAGACUCUUUCUUUUCUUGGAGUGUACCUUAAAUCGUACUUUAUGCACAAUCAAACCAUAUCAAACAUACUAACAACCUCUCGCGCUCUUAAAGUGACAGAAACAUCUUCGCUACCUUCAACUAAUUUUGUAGAAAGUGCUUCUGUAUAUGUCAAUUCGACAUUUUUAGCUCGAUUCUUUGAUGGGAUUAACUUCUAUCGAGUACGGAAAGGGAGGGCACGUUGCAGUACUGGAGAGCGCACUAUUUGUAUCCACGUCGUUUCGGUUGGUUAGUAGUAUAUGUAUGACAUGACUUACCGCCUAAUCUCCUUUAUAAUAUUCUUUUUACACCAAAAAAAAAACAAAACAAAAAGGUGUACAUGGAUAGUAAUCCACAAAUAAAUCUUCUUGGUGAACAUAUA